ACGAUGUUUUUGUAGGUUAUAGCGUCUCCUAUAUAUUAUACUACUCUUUGUUAUAGCGUAAGCAUAAAAAUUUCAGUUGACAUCUGGCAGUCGAAGGAGCAAGAUGUUUGUGGAGGCGAGCGUGAAGCUGGAGCCCGAGUGUGAGAGCGGCGCCAAGAGUGAGACGACAGAGCUACCCACUGACCAAGUUCAAGUGAAGUCGGAGCCUGGGUUUCAACAAGAGGAGGCGGAAUGCAUCAAAGAAGAGCCAUGGUGUUCAGACAGCGCAGCGCUAGCCCAACUGUACACCGACCACGAGGUGAAGGACGAGCUUGUGCUGGGGCCGGAGUGCACGCACCAGCCAGACGUAGCCCUCGUGGUUUGCAGUUGGGCGCAAGCCGACGCCGACGGUUGCGUACUAGACCCGAGGCCGCAACAACAGCCAACGCUGAGGGAUUGGUCCGCGAUGCUUCUGCGUAUAAACAGUACAAGCUACCAGCAAAAUACCAGUGGACAUAGUGCAACUGACAGCGAUUCUGAUAGUAAAGAUAACUUUACCACACACACAAGCAACGGCCAAAAGACUAACAUUGACAAGAAAAGCUACGAGCAAAAUACCGGCAGUGAGAAAAGCGCAUCUGGCAGUGAUAGUGUGUCUGACAGUAAGGAUGCUGACAUUACACACAAACCGAGCUACAAGCAGACAGACAGUGAAACCAAUCCUAGCUGCGAGCAAAAUACUGAUAAUGAGGAUAGAGCAACUGACAGCGAAGUCAAAGAAGAUAAUACAGACUUGGCAAUGGCUUCCGACGAGGACAGGUGUAAAACGACGCUCAAGCCGGUCUGCAUGACGCCACAACGACGCUUGCGGGACUGCUGGGUUAAACUCGAACGCAUCCAACUCCACGAAACAGCCAACGACCAGGGAGACCACACGGGAGAUUCUACUGAUAACUCUGAUGAAGAAAUACACGUUAAAUGUAAAGAAAUUUGUGAUAGCACAGUUCACAAUAACGCAGGGAUAUAUGUUUGUGACAUUUGUGGUAAAACAUUUGAACAGAAAUAUUACUUGAUACGCCAUAUUAAACUACACUCAAUAAAUAUAUCUGAAAUGACGUCAAAAAUCAAUCAAAAUCAUGUUGAAAAAGAGAUACUAUAUAUCUGCGAUCUAUGUGGGAACAAAUAUACACAAAAAGUACACUUGGUAACACACAUGCGAUGUCAUACUGGCCAAAAGCCAUAUAAAUCCCAGAAAUCGUAUUCGUGCGAUAUAUGUGACCAGACUUUUACAUAUUCGAGUAGUUUGAAAUGUCAUAAUAAACUAGUACAUAGUGGUGAGAAACUAUAUUCGUGCAAAAUAUGUAAAAAGAGCUACACCGGAUUGACUGCUCUAUGGAAUCAUAGUCUUAAACAUAAAGGGAAGCUUUUUCCCUGCGAAAUAUGCGACAAGAUGUUUAAGAGAGCUGAUACUUUGAAAAAACAUUUACUUAUCCAUGCGAGAGCUAAGCCAUACUCUUGUGAUGUUUGUCAAAAAGACUUUAGACAAUCCAAUGCUUUAAGAUUACAUAAACGAAUUCACAAGGCUGAAAGACUUUAUUCAUGCGAGAUUUGUAAAAGGACGUUCAAACUUUUGCGUUUUUUUAAACCGCAUAAACAAAGUCACAUAGGAGAGAGGCUCUACUCAUGCGACAUAUGUCAAAAUAAGUUUCCACGAGCAAACAGUUUGACCAUACAUAUGCGCAUACACACGGGGGAAAAGCCUUAUUCAUGCGAAAUUUGUAAAAAAGAGUUUACGCAAAAGGGUCAUUUACAGGAACACAUGCAUGUUCAUUCAACAGUAAAAGCAUACCCUUGCGACAUAUGUCAAAAAAAGUUUAAGACUUCAGGUAAUUUAUUGGCUCAUAAAACAGUUCACUCAGUUGAGCUGUACCAUGUUUGCGAAGUAUGUAAUAUGAAAUUUAAAUCAUCGUACUUGUUAACUUCUCACAAAAAAAUUCACUCAGAAGUGAAGCUGCACUCCUGCGAAAUAUGCCAAAAGCGGUUUAGGAGACCGUGUCAUUUAGAGGUUCAUAAACGAAUGCACACCGGCGAGAAACCUUAUUCCUGUGACAUUUGUAAUAUGAAAUUCGCGCAGACGAGUAAUUUACGUACACAUAAGCGAUCUGUCCACAUGUUACUAUUCCCUUGCGAAAUGUGUCACAAAAAAUUUAAAGACAUGCAUGGUUUAGAGACACAUAAACGGCGUUAUCACGCCGAAUAUAAACAAUAUUCCUGCGAAAUAUGUAAAUAUACGUUUUUGCGAUCAGAACUUCUUAAGAGACACCAACUAUUGCAUUUAGAAACGAAGCCUUUUACCUGUAAAAUAUGUAAAAAACGGUUCAGGCGAUCAGAUGGUUUGAAACAACAUAAACUAAUUCACACUGGUGAGAAACCAUACACCUGCUCGUUGUGCGAUAUGCAGUUUAUACGUUUAAAUUCAUUAAAAAUGCAUGUAAGAAAACACAAAGAAAAAGAGUGCUAAAUACCCAAAGUUUUUUGUGGGAAAAUUGUAUUUAUCUUGUGUACAUGAUGCUAUCAUUAAAAAUAUGUAUGUAAUGUAUAAAUGUGCAUGCAAAAAAAUAAAAACCGGCCAAGUGCGAGU